UGUCUGUUUGUUUCUGCAUGAAAAGAGCGGGGCUUGGAAGAGUCCUGUGCGGAAACUCUCCAGCGGCGGCAGAGGGAGGAGGAGGCGGCGGAGGUGGAGGCGGAGGGCGGCUGAAGAGACGGCGGCAACACCAGCAUGCCGAGGAGAAAGCAGCAAGCUCCCCGGCGCUCUGCAGCAUAUGUUCCUGAGGAAGAACUGAAAGCAGCAGAGAUAGACGAAGAAAGUGUGGAAGAUGAUGGGCUACCUCUGGACAUCCAGGAAACCGAUUAUAUGUGCAAUGAAGAAACAGAGAUCAAAGAGGCUCAGAGUUACCAGAACUCCCCAGUCAGCACAGCAACAAAUCAGGAUGCGGGUUAUGGUUCACCAUUUAGUGAAAACAGUGACCAGCUGGCUCAUUUCAAAAACACUUCCUCCAAAGAAGAAAGAGAAGAUCAUCCGGGCUCAGACAGUGCUGUCUAUCCACAGGACAGCUUGGCACAAAUAAAGGCUGUAUAUGCAAAUUUACUAUCAGAGACUUGCUGGUCCACUUUAGCUUUGGAUUUAAAAAAAUCAAAGAAUAGUGAUAGCAGCUUGAAGGAAAACACCACUAAUAGCAACUCUAGUAUCAACAUCCCAAGUACCAGUACGAACACUGGUACCAGUACAAAUACCAGUACAAGUAUCAGUAGCACUAGUAACAGUAACAGUGGUGGCUCAGGUUAUGACUGGCAUCAAGCGGCCUUGGCCAAAACUCUGCAGCAGACCUCAUCGUAUGGACUUCUUCCAGAACCCAGUCUAUUCAGCACAGUACAGCUUUACCGGCAAAACAAUAAACUGUAUGGUUCUGUGUUCACCGGCGCCAGUAAGUUUCGGUGCAAAGACUGCAGUGCAGCAUAUGACACGCUGGUGGAGCUAACAGUGCACAUGAAUGAAACUGGACAUUACCGGGACGACAACAGAGAUAAAGAUUCUGAAAAGACAAAACGGUGGUCAAAACCUAGAAAACGAUCACUUAUGGAAAUGGAAGGCAAAGAGGAUGCCCAGAAAGUGCUAAAGUGCAUGUAUUGUGGCCAUUCAUUUGAAUCUUUGCAAGACUUGAGUGUCCAUAUGAUAAAAACAAAACAUUACCAGAAAGUGCCUCUGAAGGAACCAGUACCAGCCAUCACCAAACUGGUGCCUUCUACCAAAAAGCGAGCACUUCAGGACUUAGCUUCACCUUGCUCACCUGAGCCAACAAUGAUCACUUCAGAGACUACUCUUAGUGAAGCAGCAAAGGAUCAGAAAACUGCCAACCCCUAUGUGACUCCAAACAACCGCUAUGGCUACCAAAAUGGUGCUAGCUACACUUGGCAGUUUGAGGCCCGCAAAGCCCAGAUAUUGAAAUGCAUGGAAUGUGGCAGUUCUCAUGACACUUUGCAGCAGCUUACUGCUCAUAUGAUGGUCACCGGACAUUUUUUGAAAGUAACUAAUUCUGCCUCCAAAAAGGGAAAGCAGCUAGUGUUGGAUCCUGUGGUAGAGGAAAAGAUACAAUCCAUACCUUUACCACCCACCACUCACACAAGAUUACCAGCUGCAAAUGUUAAAAAGCAGCCCGAAUCUCCAGCUGGAUCUACAGGCUCUGAGGAGAAGAAGGACUUGGAAAAGGAAAAGGUGAUCAUUAAUGAAACAGACAAAAAAAUUAAAGAAGAGAAUGAAGACUCUACAGACAAGUUUGAGCCAACAGCUGUAUAUCAGUACCUCAGAGAAGAGGAUCUAGAUGAAAGUCCUAAAGGUGGGAUAGAUAUACUGAAAUCUCUGGAAAAUACUGUGACAACAGCUAUAAGUAAAGCUCAGAAUGGAGCUCCUUCUUGGGGAGGCUAUCCCAGCAUUCAUGCGGCUUACCAGCUUCCAGGAACUGUUAAACCCAUUCAGCCAGCUGUGCAGAGUGUUCAAAUGCAACCCUCUUAUGCCAGCAGUGUAAAAUCAUUGUCUUCGGAGCACAGUGCACUGAUCCAUUCUCCAGGUAACCUAACACCUCCACCUCACAAAAGUAAUGUCUCUGCAAUGGAAGAACUAGUUGAGAAGGUCACAGGGAAAAUCAAUAUUAAAAAGGAAGACAAACCUGCAGAGAAAGAAAAAUGUUCUCCAGUUAAGCCAUUGUCACCUGCUGCUAAAGAGAACAAAGACUUUCCAAAAACAGAGGAAACCAGCAAGCAGCAGCAGCAACAGAAAAAGAAUCUGGAAGCAGAAGUGCAGAAGGUCAAAAAGGAUAGUCCAUCAGAUCCCCAUACACUUAAUGGUACUGAGCCACCUAAAGCAAAAGUCACAAAUGGCUGUAAUAACUUGGGUAUCAUCACUGACCAUUCACCUGAGCCAUCUUUCAUUAACCCAUUGAGUGCUUUACAAUCCAUCAUGAAUACCCACUUAGGCAAGGUUUCUAAUCCUGUAAGUCCUUCUUUGGACCCUUUGGCCAUGUUGUAUAAAAUUAGCAACAGUAUGUUGGACAAACCUAUUUACCCAACAACUCCGGCCAAGCAAGCCGAUGCUAUUGACCGGUACUAUUAUGAGAAUAGCGAUCAGCCUAUUGAUUUAACAAAGUCCAAAAACAAACCUCUGGUUUCCAGUGUGACUGACUCAGUCUCAUCUCCUCUAAGGGAGAGUGCCCUCAUGGAUAUUUCUGACAUGGUGAAGAACCUCACAGGGCGCUUGACUCCCAAGUCUUCAACUCCAUCUUCUGUGUCAGAAAAAUCUGAUGCAGAUGGAAGCAGCUUUGAAGAGGCUCUAGAUGAACUGUCGCCAGUACAUAAGAGGAAAGGUAGGCAGUCUAACUGGAACCCUCAGCAUCUUCUAAUCCUUCAAGCCCAGUUUGCUUCAAGCUUGAGAGAGACUCCGGAAGGCAAAUAUAUUAUGUCGGACCUUGGCCCACAGGAGCGGGUUCAUAUCUCUAAGUUUACUGGUCUUUCCAUGACCACAAUUAGCCACUGGCUGGCCAAUGUGAAGUAUCAAUUAAGAAGGACAGGUGGAACUAAGUUUUUAAAGAAUUUGGAUACAGGACAUCCUGUUUUCUUUUGCAAUGAUUGUGCCUCACAAUUCAGAACUGCUUCUACAUAUAUAAGUCACUUGGAGACCCAUUUAGGGUUCAGCUUGAAGGACCUGUCCAAAUUGCCACUAAAUCAGAUCCAAGAACAGCAGAAUGUUUCGAAAGUCCUUGCAAAUAAAACUUUAGGCUCACUUGGAAUUGCUGAGGAUGACUCAGGCUCCACAUUCCAGUGUAAGCUUUGUAACCGAACUUUUGCAAGCAAGCAUGCAGUAAAACUGCACCUUAGUAAAACACAUGGCAAGUCCCCCGAGGACCAUCUGAUCUAUGUGACUGAGUUAGAAAAACAUUAGCGUCCAGGUAAGCAGCCAGGUAUGCAAGUGACCACAGGAACAUUGCACUAAACUUCUUCAUAGUACUGCACUAGGCCUGACCUGAGCCUCUGAAAUCAGUCUUACUUUUGUUGCUGAACUGCCUAUCUGGACCUUGGUUUUUCUUACAUACAUUUUGUAGUUAUAUUUAUAUGCUCUUUGUCUGAUCUGUGCAUGUUUUUUUUUUAAAUCUCUCAUUUCUUUUUUUCUGUGAGUCAAAGUCUGACCUUUAUUUUCAACAUCUGUCCUUGAUGUUAAGCUAUCUUUUGUAGAAUAUAGCGGGAGACACUAUUGAGAGAUGUUAAUUUAGCAGUAAAGAAAGACACAAAGAACAAUAAUAAAAAGACAUCCUAAAAUUACAAAGUUGCCAUGACAAUAAAGGUCACAGAACCCUGUAGUGUCAGUUUUUUAACCCUCUGAGGACUGUAAUAGUAUUUCUGUGCCUUUCCCAAAAGAGCUUUUUUUAAAAAAAGUCGCUUCAUCCUAAUCGAACUGUGUCACAAAAUAAAUUCAAUUUUAAGUGUAAAAAAAAAAAGCUUUUGAAAAACAAAACUGCAGAUCCAAUUUGUGAAGAAAAGAUGCAUGCAGUUCUUUGAAAAUGGUGAAAAGCUACCAAGUGCUCAAGGGGUUAUGAAACCACAAACCAUACUUAAGAAAAUUAAAAAAUAACAAACCAAGUUGCCACUAUGCCCAAACCUUCUGGAUACUGAAUAUUGCCACUUAGUUGGCAAAAAAAAAAGUAUGCAAGCUAUUUAAAAUAAUGUAAAAAUUGCUCUUACUUUUUUUCCUGUAAAAUACUGCAGUUUAUAGUUAUUUACAAAUGUAAGCUUUGGUACAAGCUGAACUUUCUAUGGUGUGCUGCAUUGGUACAUGAAAACAAAAAAGGGGGCAAGUGUUGGAUUCAAUUCCUUGUAAAUUGCCAGCAUCAGCUUAGGAAAAAAAAAAGUACAUGUUACAUAUCGUACCAUUUUAAACUGUUCACUUCCUUUGUACCUUCUGGCUGUAUGCUUUCUCUUUUAACUUUUUAUAUUGUCAUUUUAUAUUCAAUAUCUGUGUAUAUAAUGUAAAACCACACUUUUUUGAAUAAAAUUUAGUUCCUUGCAGCUUGAGUUAAAUAGAGAAAUUUUACUGGCACCUGCAUCUUCCCAGAUGCAUGUACUCAAAGGAACUAUUUGACGAAAUAAAUAAAUAAAAAUAAAGCAAGCAAUGCACUAUGAAUUAUACAUUUUGAUGUUUUAUCAUUAAUAUUGUACAGUACAUUUUUUUGGUUUACACAAUUAAAUCCACUGUUUUCUCAAGUGUAAAAUAA